AUGGCCACUCAACACCCGGCACGAAAGAAUCGCGCCCUCAUCGCAUGCGAAAAAUGUCAUUUCCGCAAGGUUCGCCGUAAUGUUAGCAGCAAGGGAUCGCCAUGCGCAAGCUGUGAACAGGAUAGCGAGGAGUGCGUCUUCCGGGCCAAUUUUUUCAGCUGGCGGAAGAGGAGUCUGUCAAAGCCGGAUCAAUAG